CCACAACUUUACGACAACCUGCCCACUGUCAGCUCAGCAUGCGCCUGUUCUUCUCCUCCGCCAUGCAGCGGACAGCAUGAAUUCCUCGCGCCCAUUCACCCGCACCGCCAACAACGUCUUCCGCCCCGCCUUCUCCUACCUGAAUAACUUCUCGCGCUCCGCCCAAUUCCCCGAGGACCGCAACAAGAAAUCAGACUCCUACUCCUCCCACCGCCGCAAGAAUAGCGCCAGCUCGCUCGAUGAUACGGACCAUUCGGACGUAGAACAGUACGCGCAAAUGGAGAGCUCGAGGACCAGCCAUUCGAGCAAGAACUCGCUCACGGAGCUGCAGCCUGCAGUCCCACUGAUUGAUAUUUCGAGUCGGUCGACGUCGCCGUAUCCGAGGAGCAGGAGCGCGGUGCAGAGCGAGGAUGAGGAUGAUGAUUUUGAGCCUGCAGAUAGCAUAAGGCCGCUGGUGAGCCACCGGGAUGUGGGAAGAGGGGGGAAUAUGUGGAGAUGUGUGGGUAGGCAAGGGGGUCUGGGAGGCUUCUUCUUUGGGACGUGGAUGGGCUGGCAGAUCUGGGUGGGACUAUUGGUGUUCUGGGUCGGUGGGUGCAGCUUUGGUCUGCUGCUCAUGAACCGCUUCAUCAUGCUGACGGGCGUCUACAAGUUUCCAUUCCCGCUCACGCAAACCUACCUCCAGCUCAUUCUCACUCACAUACUCCUUGUGGGCUUCGCGAGCCUCACGAGAGGGCUCAGCUCACCGCUUCGGAAGCUCGGAUUCGCCGCUGCGGUCGCACCUGCCUACCCGGUCGCCCCUCCAGGAGGUUUCAGGGCGUCGAGCAAACACCAAGGUGCUAUAUUCCAAUUUGGACGAUGGCUGGCGAACGGAUCCGGUGGGAUUGCAGGAGGAGGACUGUUCGAAUUCGAUUGGCAGGUGGCUAAGCAUGUCCUCCCGGUGGCAGUCGUCUUCGUCGUGAAGGUCCUGCUCAGCAACUUCUCCUUCGCCUACGCACCCCUCCCUGUUUACCAACUUGCCCGCAUCGGCGUAACCCCCCUCGCCCUCAUUUUCUCCUGCAUCAUGCAGAAAGAAAACCACAGCGCCAGCACCCUCUCCUCCGCCCUCGUCGCCACCCUCAACCUCCUCUUCGCCACGCUCCGCUCCCACGUCCGCGUAACCUGGGAAUCCAUAGUCGCCGGCGUCUUCUCCUCGCUCUUCGUCGCCCUCUACCCAAUUCUCCUACUCCGCACAUACCGCACCCUGGUAGCCGGCCUCAUCCCCCAAGGCGACAUCUUAACCGGCUACCCUUCUACAACUGACGACUCCAUGUCAAACCGCGAAGAAACUCGCGCGUACUAUCGAACGCUACACUAUACUUCCGUCCUGUCAUUGAUCCUUCUUACACCUAUCGUCCUCAUUUCCGGCGAGGUAGGCAAUAUCCUGCACAACAUCCCUUUCCUGGACGUACCUUUCUUCUGGUUCAUGAUCUGGAUGGGCGCCCUCGGAUCUUUUGCCGUCUUCGUCUCCAUGCUUCUUCUUAUCAAAGCUACCUCGCCGCUCACGGCCACUUUCAUCGCAGUACCAAGAGGGGCGUUCCAGCUCGUUAUGCUCAGCUUGUUCAAGAUGCCCGCGCAUAGCUGGACGGGCGUGGUGCUGUGCUGGAUUAGCAGCUUGUGGUUCCUUGUUGCGAGGAGAGAUGAGGGGAGGAAUCUAGAUCGGUUAAGGCUGGAGGGGCGGUAGUAGCUGUACCCUCGCUGCAUAUCAUUUUUCGUAAGAUUUGUUUAUGACAUUGUAAUAGAUUGUAAAAAAUGCAUAGCAAUAGGCGUCCUCGGAUGCUUUAGACGGCAUAUGGGGGAAUAGACAAUUAUGCGGAACCAAAACGCUCGAGGCGAAGGUACAUGCACAUAUGUCUACUCCGCUGGGACUCUGCUCUCAAAGCUG